UCUGAAAGGAAAUGAAAAUCAGUUGAAUUUAUUUAGGUUGGAUGUGGUGGUCUGUUAUAGACGCUGGUAUUGAUAAGGUUGUAAAUCUCUGCCAUUGAUACGAAGGAAGAAAAUGUUGGCACCAAAUCGAACGAGGGAAGCACUUUCUCUUUCCCUACCCCAACCGUCGUCUCAUCCUCCGGAACCCGUAAACGUCCUCCUCCGGCGACGCCACCUCCUCAGCACCACCGCAUUCACCAUCUCCUUCAAUUUCAAUCUUUCAUUCGCAACCUCUCUGUCCGUAACAGAGCCGGUGGCCGGUGCCAGCGGCCUCUUCCAAAUGCCCCAACCACGCCUGACCAACCGGUAUUUUCUGGUGAGAGCUGGUGAGUCUGAGUUCGAGAGCAUGGGAAUUAUCAACACCAACCCCGUGGAGAAGACUUCAGUGGAUAGUGGCUUAUCUGAAAGAGGGAAGAAACAGGCUAUAAAAGCAGCUUUUGAUUUGAAAGAAAUGGGAGCAUGUGACAAAGGUUGUUGGAUCUGGUCUGCUAUAACUCAAAGAGCUUACCAGACUGCAGAGAUCAUUGCUUCUGUUAAUGGAGUUACCCGUAGCUAUAUAGUCCCAGAAUUCAGCUUUCUUGAUGCCCGUGGAUUAGGUGCAUAUGAAGGAAAAAAACUGGAAUCUGUUUCAGAAGUGUAUGCGUCAGAUGGUAUAUCUCCAAACAUCAAGCCUCCUCCUAUUGAUGAUGGAACUCCGAAUGAGAGUGUUGCAGAUGUUUUUGUUCGUGUGACACAACUUAUGUCGAUUCUCGAAACUCAGUACUCAGGUGACACCGUUAUUAUAGUUUCGCCUGAUUCUGACAACUUGACAAUUCUUCAGGCUGGUUUGAUAGGACUAGACCUACGAAGACACAGGGAUUUGUCUUUUUCACCUGGUGAAGUCCGCUUUGUUGAUCCCAGUGACAUUCCUGCAUACAAGCAGCCUGCGUCUGCUGUAUAUAAAUGUUCCAAGAACCCACCAAAUUGUAACUGACUGUAUUCUUUCGGUCAAGGUAUAGCAGGAACAUGGAUAC